AUGCGCAAAAAUGUUUUGCUUGUAGUAGAAAAAGAAGAUGAAAUUGGAAGCCUCAUUAAAGGAUGUAACUUCCUGCUGCGUAACAUCCCAGAUGAGCAGUUCUCGUAUUGUAGACAUGAAGAUCCGGAGUAUCGCUUCAUCAACACUGAACCAAACAUAUUCCCUUAUCUGCUUGUCAACAUUGGAUCAGGAGUGAGCAUAAUGAAGGUAGAGGCUGAUGACAAAUAUGAAAGAAUUGGAGGCACCAGUAUGGGAGGUGGAACCUUCUGGGGCCUGGGAUCACUACUCACCAAAGCCAAAGGUUUUGAUGAGCUCCUUCAGCUAGCAAGUGAAGGUGACCAUCGCAAUGUUGACCUACUGGUGAAGGAUAUAUAUGGAGGUGAUUAUAGUGCCUUGGGAUUAACUGGAGGAACUAUAGCAUCAAGCUUUGGAAAAGCUAUGCAUCAUGGACAUGCUAAAAGUGAUGGAAGUCCAGGUCACAGCAGACACUACCCUCACUACCUUCCUCACUAUAGUCAUCAUCAAUCUCCAGGAUUUUCAGAAGCUGACAUUGCAAGAAGCUUACUGUUUACCGUCAGUAAUGAUAUCGGACAGAUUGCAUCCUUGUAUGCAAUGCUUCAUGGACUGAAGAAGGUAUAUUUUGGAGGCUAUUUUCUCCGCAAUCAUCCAGUCAGCAUGCACACCAUUAGUUUUGCUAUCAACUAUUGGAGUCGUGGAGCUGUUCAAGCACUAUUUUUGCGACAUGAAGGCUAUCUUGGAGCUAUUGGAGCUUUCCUUCUUGGAGCAGAAGAAUGUGACACUGAAAAGUAUUCAUGGGGUGAGAACUAUGCUGGCUCAUCAGGCCUACAGUCCCCACUACCUCACCCUCCUGGAUGGCCAGGUGGCACAAUUGACCAGCUGGAGAUGGAUCGCUGUGACCAGCAGCUAACAUUCUUUCCCUUCUUGGCCUGCCCUGAGGAGUAUGUACCAGAUACUGUUGAUCUCACCAAAGAUAAGGAAGCCAGGGACUAUUGGUUGUCCUGCUUUGAAGGUUCCCUUGGAAGUUUUGUGGACCGAGCCAUCUCCUCUCAGCCCAACAUUCCAGACAGUCAAGAGAGAGCAAACAAAUUUCGAGAUAAAUAUCUUCAACGAUUAUGCAACUUAAAAAACCAUCCUUUCGCAUAUGGCAACUUGACUGUGCGGAGUCUGCUUGACAUGAGAGAGCACUGCCUCAAUGAAUUUGACUUUCCAGAUCCAUACCUGCAACAAAAGAAGAUGGAAAAUGAAUAUGCUUUGAAGUUGUUGAAAGACCAUCUGCUAAUGGUGGAUAAACUGGAAUACAAUGAACGGCAAGAGGUAUUGGUGAGGGGAUUUCUUGCUGGCAAUGUGUUUGACUGGGGAGCCAAGGAAGUUGUGAACCUAAUGGAGCGUGGCUUGAGUUUCACUGAAGCUGGAGAUAAACUUCAAAAGCGUCCAUGGCUUCAUGAUGAUCUGGAUGACUGGUUGAAUAGGCAACAGCAGAGUCCUUACAAAUGUGCCAUCAUCUUCCUGGACAAUUCUGGAUGUGAUGUUGUCCUUGGGAUAAUGCCUUUUACUCGAGAACUGCUCUUACGGGGUACCAGGGUUGUACUAUGUGCCAAUAGUAAGCCAGCACUGAAUGAUGUCACAGCACAGGAGCUCAUUAUGGUGAUGAAACAGGUGGCUCUUGUGUGUCCCAUCUUGCAUAGGCACUUGGAGGCAGGAACCCUAUGUGUGCGAGAGUCUGGUCAAGCUUCGCCAUGCUUGGAUCUCAGUCGGCUUCCCCUUUCACUUGUGGAUGAGCUUGUGAAAUGGCAGUGCGAUCUUGUAGUUGUGGAGGGCAUGGGAAGAGCCAUUCACACCAACCUACUGACCUCUUUCACCUGUGACUCUCUUAAACUAGCAGUCAUCAAAAACAGGUGGCUGGCUCAAAGGCUUGGAGGUGAAAUGUUUUCUGUAAUGUGCAAGUAUGAAGCAGGAAGUGUCAAGACUAGUGCUGUUUCUACACAAUCCAUUGAUAAUGUACAUGUUCCUUAGGUCAUCAUAAACUCGCGUUCCCGUUAUGUUUGAGUGGGAGCAAGAAUAGCGUUGUUAUGUCGAAUCAUAAGAGUCAACAUGGCGGAGGCAGUGGGACAGUGACGACGCCACCUGAGAAGUUUUCGUGAUCAUAUAGACAUGUUGGCUGAACUAAGUGACUCAGAACUGAUAAGAGGUAUCAGUUAGAGUGUGCAGCCAAGAUAUAUGGGGCUCACAUGCAAGGAUUCCUAGGGAAAGUGAACUCGGGCAGGGGUGUGAGAGGGAGACGGUGACAGCUGGAUGCUGCCUUGAGGGGGACAGUGGUUAUCCCAGUAAAAAGUGGCUUCUGAUACUACAUCUUCGACCUCUGCCUGGCCCACACUCCAACUACAAUAGAGAUGAUGCUCAACCUCUACAACCCAUUGCUGCAUCAUCCACCGAGACGGUGGAUGUCUCGGCACCAGCAGGAGGUUCAGGUGUGUUAGGUGUUGGAAGUGCUGUGGUAGCAUUUCCUCUGUACUGUUAUUACCAAUGACAACAAAUGUUAGUUAAACCAUCACAAGCAUAUUUAUUGCAGAUCUAUCUCACUAUCUAUAUAAGAGGUAAACGAUCCUCUCAAGGAGGAAGUAUCCAAGACAAGGCACCCUUCCUCUUCUUGCCCUUAUACUCCUCAUACACAGCAUAGAGAGCCAGCACUCAAGUGGGCCUUUUCUUUUAAUCUCUCUUUUUUUUGCCCUUGGCUGGCCCUCUUCCCUACAUAAAGAAAAAAAUAUAUGGUGUGUGUGUGUGUGGUUGCCUCAUUUUUGCUGUCUUCCUCCUGGAGGAGGGUGUUGGCUUCAUCUAUACAUAGAUAGAUAGUUAAUGUCCCUGCACUUCAGUUUUAAAGAUAUUUUGUAUGCUCUUGUUGAUAUUUUCAGCAGUAGGGUAAUGUGCUGUUGUGUUGCAGACAGGUACUGAGUGCACUUGUCAUUAAGACACAUUCAUGUGUGGAUGCAUUUCUUGUGAGCUGCCAUUUCCAACCAUAUACACACCUUCCAUAAUUGAAUAUCAUCAGAAAUUCUUCAAAUCAAUGAGACCCAUCAAUUUGAUUAGGUUAAGUUACUGAAGUUAUACUCUGUUAGUUUAGUGUUAAAGUUAGUUAUGUGUAAGCUGGCAGAAGUUGUCCUUUACACCUGGAAGCAUUAGAUACAAUAAAUGGAUAGUUUGUU